GUCCUAAAGUCAUACAGUGUCCCUUAUAUAUUUGAUAAUUAAAGUUGUGUUGUGUACAAACAAACAUAAUUUUUGCAUGCAAGCAGAGCCCACAUCACCUUUGCCUUAUUGAAUGAACACACACCACAGCUUGAUGACAGAUGCACAUUCACAAACUGCAAACUUUAAUGUUAUUGUGUCUAAGCCUCUUAACUGUCUGUCAGUCUGUUUAAUGAAUAGAACUCCUAGAUGUGCCUUUAAUGCAGUUUAAGAGUUAAGUGGUCGUCACUUUAGUUCGCUCAGAAAGUUUAUUUCUGUUUACUCUGGUUGUGCGCUCUGAGCUGAGAGUUUUCCUUGUUUUUCCAUGCACUCUCUUUAGCUGUUACCUGGUAACAUGGCAGGGUGUUACAUAACAAGGGCCUUCCCAUCAUGCUUUGCACUCAUUAGGCAGGAAUCCAGAAAUAGAGACCUGCUUCAAAUUGACAGUAUUUGGCUCUAGAUGUAUCUUUUCCUUUUAAUCGCCAGCCAAGUGAUCACAAUAACCCCCACAGACUAUUCUGCACCUGUCUUGCUCUCCAACGCUAUUCACUGUGUUUAAAGUUCAACGGCAUUGCAUUGUUUAGAGGUAGAGGGCGGUAUGUCUUCUGCAACCACUGUUGUUUUGUGUCUUCCUAUAAAAACAGUUAUUUAACCUGCCAGGUGGUAACUUUGGAGAGAAAGUCCAACAUGAAGUAGUAAAAAAAAAAAAAGCAAAAAAAAGCAUGCUGUUAAGUAAAAGUUGUUGUUGGCUUUGUGCUGUAUCUCAUACGAUGUUUUCUUUCAGAUGCAUUCGCCUGGCUUUGGAAGCAAAGGAAGUUCAGGGAGAAAAUCUCGUGAAGUGUUGCUACGGCAACAUUAACAAAAAAUAUUUAAAAAAUUGCAGGUCAAUAUCUGUGCAUACUGUCUUGGAAAAGCACCAUGACUUGAGAGAAAACAAUUUUAGCUUUGAAGCGACGAGACUGAUAGAACAGAGAUUUCCUUUCGUUAUAUUUAUGAAAAAGUGGUUAAAUAUUUGUGGGGAUCGUUUUUUUGUUUUGUUUUUUUUGCCUGGAGUGAGGCCGCCGUAGCACGUUUUUACCUUACUGACAAUGAUUGAAAAGUACCUUUGUUUCUAAUAUUCAUAGUGUAAAUUUUAAGAUAAAUUAUAAACGUCGCUAAUCAACUAAAAGCGCUGUGGAAAAAAGUUAUAAAUUUCCUCCUGAUUUCAUACUUUUUGUAAACAAUCACACGCUAACAAUGCUUGUGUGUAGGGGGUGCACCUAAACGGCGUGUAUUAUUUGUAUCCAUCCAUCCAUUAAUUGUCUUCUGCUUAUCCAAGAUCGGGGAAACAAAUCCAAAAGGGAACUUCAGACAUUCCUCUCUUCAGUGACAUCCUCCAGCUUAUUCUGGGGGAUCCCAAAGCGCUCCCAGGCCACAUGGGAUAUAUAAUCCUUCCAACGAAUCCUAGGUCUUCUCCGGGGUCUCCUCCCUGUGGGACGUGCCUGGAAAAUUUAGGGGGCAUCCUGAUCUGGUGUCCAAACCCCCUCAACUGACUCCUUUUGAUGCAGAGAAGCAGCGGCUCUAAUUUGAGCUCUUUCUUCACCACAACAGGCCGGAGCAGCACCCGCAUUACUGCAGAUGCACCCCAAUCCGUCUGUCCGUCUGUCGUUCCACUUCGGAACAAGACACCAAGAUACUUUAAGCUCCUCUGCUUGAGGCAGAGACAGUCUAAAGAAAAAAGGAAACUACUAAUGUUUGACUCUAUAAUCUCCAGGAUAAUGCAUUCAUGAAAAUCAAUUCAAGUCUUAACUUCAUUCAAGAAUGUUUCAGAGAUUCAAAAGGUUCCAUAUUUAAUGUUCCUGUCAGAGAGUUUGCAAAGCUACCCAAUUUAAUUGUUAGAAACAGUUUAAAAGAACACUAGAACUACUAAAAUCUUCCCCUAAGUGGCCCAUAUUCUAGGAGUCUAUGUAAAUAAGACUCAGUAAGCCUCAAAGGAGCUUCAUAUCCUUCCUACCUCAGCCUCACAAACAACAGUUGUGAGAAGAAAUAAAAAAGCAACAAUUAAUGCAGACCAACGAGUCUCUUCUGGAUUUCCAAUCUCCCAGUUUCGUAGGAGAAAUGAGUUUGGAAAACACAGCUCUCUUUACAUCUAGCCCAGCAGGAUAUGCACAAAACCUUCACUGGAGUACGGAGGUGGCUGUAUAGUGAUAAGGGAAUCACUGGCUGUAGGUCCAUGAGCUGAAGCCUAAACUGAUGAUUUUAGUCAAGCAUAGAUCCCUUAAUUAAGAGGGAGACGAUUUGAAUCAAGUUUGAUCCCUCAUCAUAGGAUUGUGUGAAAGGUUUCACAAAGACCAGCUGAUGAUCCACAAAUACAGCCUUAAGGUAGUCCAUAAGAGUUUUGGAUCUCCAGUUAUAGGUGCUUUAACAAAAAGUGGCUUUAUGAAAUACAAACAUCAAUCAAAGCUUGUUGUUAGAUUUCCAACAGCAGUCAACCAAAUUAGAAAAGAAAGAAUAAAUCAGGAGGACUCUAAUCUUUUUUCCACAGUCGCGUGUUUACCUCUUCCAUUGUCACUCCAUUAAAGCCCAAGUGCUUUUAAUUGAUCUGGACAAUCAGUCCGUCACAUGAGUGCCGCUGCCCCGUCCUUUAGUUAGGUCAAUGUUAACCGGCUAAUCGAUCAGAUGUCCGCUAUGUGCAGUAGGUCCAGCUCACUGUGACUGUAGCCAAAUGUGUAUGUUAGGCACAGGAACCCUCUACAUUGUUCUUAGCUUUUGCCCCACGCCAGCGUUGAUCCCCAAUAAAAACCACUCGUUAACGCCGACUGGUAAACAUAUACUUACAUUCCCCUCUCUACAAGUUAGCCCGUGUCGACGCUUCUUGCAUGUCACUGUGUUGUUUUGAAAGUAAAAAGUCUUUUAACUGCUGUGUAGAUUUUCUGAGUAAUGAAACAAAGAUUGCUGUUGCAUGUGCACGUUUGACUGAGUGAAUUUACUGUAACACUUGUUUUUGAUCUGAAAACGCAUUAAUGUAUCGUAAGGUCGAUCUCCGUCCAAUAAACAAACAGCUUGGUAAGUCAUACUUCUUUUACAUCAGACGGGGGUUUUGGAGUAGUGUUAAGGUUCCCUAUUAACUGGUGUUAAAUAUUCUUACCCAGUAAUGGCUGUUAUACUGAAGACUUAGAUCACUUAACUCUCUCCAAUGUUUGACUGAGAAUGAGAUAAAAUCAGUAAAGUAUUCCCUUUUGAGAAGGUCAGCUGGUGUGCUCAUCCGAUCACAGUGGGGGGGGGGACAGCUACUAACUGCUGCUGUUGUUUGCUCUCAGAUUUCUUCCAGUACGCCAACAAGCUCCUCCUGAGCGAUCAUGCUACAGGGCUCCAGAUCAAGGAGUUUGCGCGGAAAAAUGCCGCUAACGCUCUGUCUGUGGCCAACAUGGUCAUGGGCAUGGCCUCCAUCCUCAGCAGCCUGAACGGGCACCAUCAUGCGGCAUGUUGGCUGGUUCUGAUUGGGUACCUGCUAGAUUUGGCAGAUGGAGCGGUUGCCAGGCAACUCAAUGCCUGCUCGGCACUGGGUGCAAAGCUGGAUGAUUUUGCCGACUUUACGACCUUCGGGAUCGCCACGUCUCUGCUGCUGAGGACGUCCGACCUGCUGGACAACAUCCUGUGCAUGUGUUAUGUGCUGUCCGUGUUCGUCCGUCUCUGUUUCUUUUCCAGCGGUAUUCCAUUCGUGUACCGCGGCCUCCCCUGCAUCUACUCGUCAGCCAUCCUAGCCAGCGCCUCCUUGCUGUCCGGAGGAAACAUGACUGUGCUACGGGUCAUCGCGGUGGCCAUGAUCCUCUUUAUGAUCAGUCAGAACUUCUAUCCCCACGACAAAGUGCUGGAGUCCCAGACUUGGAAGAAAGUGGUGUACGCUGGAGGAGUUGCCAUGGUGUUCUGCUCUUCCUUCCCGCCUGCGUGUGUGUACUACCUGCUGUGGUCUAUCUCCUACAUUUUGUUCCCCACAUCGCUAUGGAGCUGUAAACUGUAAAAGGAUACAGAGGUUUACGGACUGCUGUUGCUGCUGCUCCUGCUCCCUGCUGCCGCUGGAGCAUCGAAACUGGGAAAAAAGAAAGGAAAAAUUCACGGCAAACAUUCACUCUAUUUAACCUUUCUUUUUGAUGUGACACCCGACUGAGAAGACUUAGAAAAGAGGAGCGAGGAGGAUUUUUUUUUUCAGUGUUACUGGUGAGGAUUAACGCGUGUAUUGUCCUCUUCAUUUGUUGCAUUAACACCGGUUGGAGGGGUUAUGAAAAUUUAAUUUUCAUCGGGUUUGCCUCCAUGUUUUAUCUGCUUUCAUCAGUAUUAUUUAUCAUCGACGUUGAGGACAUGUGGCAGCUGGGGAACAUGGGAUUUUUUGAUGGAACUUUUUUAGUGGAAAAAAAAA